GACGGUGUGUUGUGUGAUUUGGACGUAGAUAUUUGAUUGAUAAACUCUUAAGUAUUUAAAAUUUUUGUUCUCAUCGUUUUGUGGUAUUUGUUAUGGAUUAAAACUCGGAUGUGCGAUUUCAAACGUAAUUUUGAACGGCCAGUUCAGUUCAACGUACGCAACAGUUAGUUUAGCUAGCAACGGUUUUAUUUCAAGUUUGAUAUAAUUUCAGUCACUGCACAACGAUCAUGUUGGCUAUAUUCAAUUUACAAAGUCUCUUGACAAUUUUAUUGCUGUCUAUUUGUACAUGCACAUAUCUACGACAGUUAGUGCCAAGCAUUAUUGAUAGAAACAAAGUUGGACCAUUAGGAACAUUCUGGAAGUUGGCAAGAAUUGGUGAACGUAAAAGUCCCUAUGUGUCAUUUUGUUGUUUUGCAAUGGCCUUCAGUAUUUUAUUUUGGACUUAAUAUUAUUAAUUUUAAGUUAUUCAAAUCAUUUUUUAUCAUGUUACACAUU